AUGCUGGCUCUGGGGCAGAUGGACGGCGCGCCCCGGCAGGGCGCCUUCCUGCUGGGCAGCCCGCCGCUGGCAGCCCUGCACAGCAUGGCCGAGAUGAAGGCACCGCUGUACCCCGCGUACCCCCUACCCGCCGGGCCCGCCUCCUCCUCCUCCGCCUCCGCCUCGCCCGCCUCCGCCUCGCCCUCGCCGCCGCUCGGCUCCCCCGGCCUCAAGGCGCCCGCCGCCUCUGCCGCCGCCGCCGCGGGCGGGCUCUCGGCGCUGGGCACGGCGCCGCCGCAGCUCUCGGCCGCCACUCCGCACGGCAUCAACGACAUCCUCAGCCGGCCCUCCAUGCCCCUGCCGGGCGCCGCGCUCGCCUCCGCCUCCCCCUCCGCUUCCUCGGCGGCGCCCGCCGGGCUGCUGGCCGGGCUGCCCCGCUUCGGCAGCCUCAGCCCUCCGCCGCCGCCGCCGCCCGCCCUGUACUUCAGCCCUGGGGCCGCAGCCGCCGCCGCCGCCGUGGCCGCCGGGCGUUACCCCAAGCCGCUGGCCGAACUGCCCGGCAGGACGCCUAUCUUCUGGCCGGGUGUGAUGCAGAGCCCGCCCUGGAGGGACGCCCGCCUCGCCUGCGCCCCCCAUCAAGGCUCAAUUUUGCUGGAUAAGGACGGAAAGAGAAAACAUACAAGACCCACUUUUUCUGGCCAGCAGAUUUUCGCUCUGGAAAAGACUUUUGAACAGACGAAAUACCUGGCGGGCCCGGAGCGAGCCCGGCUGGCCUAUUCCCUGGGGAUGACGGAGAGCCAAGUAAAGGUCUGGUUCCAGAACCGACGGACCAAGUGGCGGAAGAAGCACGCGGCGGAGAUGGCGACGGCAAAGAAGAAGCAGGACUCGGAGACGGAGCGGCUGAAGGGCGCCUCGGAGAACGAGGAGGAGGACGAUGACUACAACAAGCCCCUGGACCCUAAUUCGGACGAUGAGAAGAUAACGCAGCUCCUGAAGAAACACAAGCCGGGGGGCGGCGGGCUGUUGCUGCAUCCCCCGGAGGGGGAGGCCUCCGUCUAGCCUGCUUCGCCCGCCGCCGCUUUUGGAGAUGUACAGAUCUAUUUUUCUAGACUCUACGCGCCCGGGAGGAGGAGGAGACGCCGGAGGGAGA